AGUUGAGGUAGUAAAAUGUUUUAAAUUUGAAAUAUGGAGAAGCCAAUGUUAGCAGGCUGCUGUGUUUGUCUUGAUGAAAGAGGAUGGGCUGAGAAUCCUCUGGUUUAUUGUGAUGGACAGGAAUGUUCUGUAGCGGUUCAUCAAGCCUGUUAUGGAAUUGUGCAAGUUCCCUCUGGCCCUUGGUUUUGUCAAAGAUGUGAAUCAAAAGUAGCUGGACAACUGAAAUGCCAACUUUGUCCUCAUGAAGGUGGAGCUAUGAAGAAAACAGAUAUGACAUGCUGGGCACAUGUUGUUUGCGCAUUGUAUAUUCCUGAAGUUGGCUUCGGCAACGUGGCGACAAUGGAACCGAUCGCUUUACAGAAAGUUCCAGACAUGAGGUUUGCAAAGAGUUGCUACAUAUGUGAUGAGAUGAAACGUCCCAAAUCAGCAUCUACUGGAGCGUGCAUGGAUUGUGCAAAAUCUGGCUGCAAGUUUAGUUUUCAUGUCACCUGCGCUCAAAUGUCUGGUUUAUUAUGUGAAGAAGCAGGCAGUAGCAACACAACCAAAUAUUGCGGUUAUUGCUCUCAACAUUUCUCAAAAACAAAGAAAAACAAUCCAUUUAAGAAAUUAUCUUGUAGCAAGGUGUAUCGACUCCCAUCCAACCCAUAUGAUGAAACGUGUCGUUCACCAAAAGAUAUCAAACCGCAAUUGGAUCCAAACUAUGCUUUGACAAAUAACGCUGAAGUUAGGUCACCACAAACAGUCGCUUUAGUUCAAGACAGCUCCACUAUGGCGAACAAAGUUGAGCAACCAGUUUGUGAAGAUAAAAUAGAUACAACUAAUAAAAGUGCAUCAAAUACUUUUACUCUUUCUUCACUUGCUGAAGCCGCAAUUUCCGCUAUUAAACAGGAACCAACCGUAUUCACUACACCAGAUUCACUGGAACAACAGAAUACUGGUAUAAAAGAAAAACAUGUAAAGGAAUCCGAAAAAAAAAUUAAACGAAAACCCGCAAAAAAACGAUCAGGUGGAGAACUGACUCCUGCUAAAUUAAGCAAAGAACAGAAAUUGAAACCAAUUACUAAGGUUGCAUUACAGAAAGCACCAUCAGGUCGAAAAGCAGAAAAAAAUAUUUUACAAGAUAUUGGUUAUGCAGUAGCACCCAAACACAGUGUAAUAAAUUUGUCAACGUUUGGUGAAGAAAGUUUAAAACCUUCUCAACCAACUGAUAUUGGGAAGCGCAAACUCACUUUACCACCUGAUCAAGCAACAUCUGAUGAUGGGCUCACAGCUAUCGAAAACCUCAUUCAAUUACAAAAGUCCGAUAUGUUGGAGUUCUUUCAUGAGUUCGGAGCACCUUCCUCGGUUGCACCACUUCUGAAAAUGCUACAGAAUGUAAGGGAAGAAAACCUACAACUUGAAAGUAACCUCGAAAUGUUAAAACACACAAGAAACCAACUGCUUGCAUUGAAAGCCAACCUAUCUUCAUCUUUCUCUGCAACCAAACAUUUAAAUAAAACGGGAGAAUUGCAAUACCAAGAUCCAAAGUUUCACAAACCAGCUAACCCAGCACCUUCAAAUACACCUGCUUACCAGUUUUAUACAAACAACAUUUAAUUAAAGUUAAUUGCUUCUUAUUUGUCGAAUGAAAAAAUCGGUUUUCAUAAUAUUUUUUAUCUUUACUCGUUAUUUUAUUUUCAAAAAGCAUGUCUCGUUUUUAGAUAUACAAGAGAGCUGAAAUGA